AUGUUCCACUGGUUCUUGCCGGAUCCUGACGAGGCUCGCUGCAGCCACGAAGCGAAUUGCCAAAGCAGCAAGCUUAGACGCUGGCAGUUCUGCAUUGACAUCCCCAAGUCUCCGCUCAGCUUGAAGGAACAUGCAGCAGUCAUGCUUGGCCGUCGCUUGGAGACCAGUCAUACUCCAAUCGGCUGCAGGUAUGUGGAACUUGCCAAGAAUCGGAUCCCCGUGCCUUUGCUGCUGCGCAUCGUUGGAAUGCUGCCUGUGGCGUCCCUGCCGGCCAUUCGAAGGACAUCGGCAGGAUUCUAUCGUGCUACCCACGUGAGACUGUCCGAGGACCCUGCACAGAUCACGGCACUGGCUGCCCAUCUAGAAACCAAACGCCUGAAGAGCAAGCGCGUAUGGGUGUUGGUGAGAGCCCGUCCCAUCUCGGACAGCAUCAGCUGCAUAGUGAUCGACAGGAACAAGGUGAACGUCAGCAACAACAACGGUGCUCCGACGUCCUUCUUCUUCGACCAGGCUUUCGAUGCCUCCGCUACCCAGGAACAGGUGUGUGACUACGUCAGCGAGCAGGUGCUGCCACAUGCGAUCAAUGGAGAACACAUCUGCAUCUUGGCGUAUGGCCAGACUGGCAGUGGCAAGACUUACACUAUGUUCGGUGAUUUUGCUCCUGGACCUUCUCCGCGGGACGGCGCAGCGGCCAACCAGAAGCAGGGGGUGGCAUUUCGAGCCAUGAGCCGUCUGGCGGAGAUGAUGCGGUCCAAGGGCCUGGAUGCAUCAAGCGCACCGACGGUGGAGCUCAGCUUUCUGGAGGUGUACAACGACAAUCUGUAUGACCUGCUUGACGGCUCACGCCAGUUGCCGCGCUUGCGCUCCAGCGAGAAGCACGUGGUGCCACAGGGCCUGACCAGAAGGCGGUGUGAGCUCAACGAGAUGGAGCAGCAGGUUCACAGUUGGCUGCGCGAGGGCGCCGCAACCCGCAUGGUGGGCAAGACCGUCUUCAACCCGCGAUCCAGCCGAAGCCACGCCGUGGUCAUGCUGCAUCUGUGCUGGUCUCAGCAGACCUCAUCCUCGCGGCUUCGCCAUCUUCCUGGCUCCACAACACGCGAGACGCGCGUGUAUCUGGUGGACUUGGCAGGCAGUGAGAGAGCCGGACUCCACGCACUGGGCCCUGAGCAGCUCAAGGAGGGCGAGCACAUCAACCUCAGCCUAUCUGCCUUGGGUCGCGUGGUCGGAGCGUUGGCCAGCGGCAAGUGCGAGCAUGUGCCGUACCGGGACUCUGCGCUGACAUGGCUCCUGAAGGAUGCCAUUACUGGCAGCAGUGCUCGGGUGUGCAUGGUUGCAGCGGUUCAUCCGUCACAUCCCGUGGAGACAGCCAGCACCUUGCGAUAUGCACGCCAGUAUUCCGCGCUGCAGAACACUACUGGCAGCCACGCCUCGCAGCUGUCUUCGCAGGUUAGAGACCUUCAGCGUCGCGUUGAUUCCCUCCGGCACGCUUUCGAGAAGGCCGGCAUGAAUGGUGGGGUGCAGGAAAUAGAUACAUGUGGCAUAUGGGGGUUUACGAAAAUAGGGGACACCCCAAUAUAG